AUGCCUUCUUCUGUACAUUGCCCGUCCAGCCCAGCUUUCAGCACACGGAGCUUCCCGCUCAGAUCUCACGCUGCAGCAUCCCCUGUCGUAUCCCGGACCACAAGCACGCCGCCAGACAUGUGGUCAAGGAGCAGGAGUCAAAACGGCUGCCAAGUUCCGUCAUACAAGGUUCGAAGGGACUUUGACACCCGCGCGGCCGAACCCGCGACCCCAGUUGUAAACGGAACCAGCCCCUAUCGCCAGAUAGAAAGCCCAUAUGGCGAGGAUAUCGAGAAAAUAAGGGAGAGGGAAUAUCCGCAAAUGAGCAAUGGCGUAUACCUCGACCACAGCGGAGCGACCAUCUACGCCCGGUCCCUAAUAAUCGCCUUCGCGGACAAGAUGAUGAGCAACCUGUACGGCAACCCGCACUCGGCAAACGAACCAGCCCGGCUAUCCGGGGAGAUGGUGGACGAGGUGCGAGAGCGGACGCUGCGGUUCCUAGGCGCGGACCCUAGGCACUUCGACCUCGUCUUUGUGGCCAACGCCACGGCGGGCAUCAAGCUCGUGGGCGAUGCCUUUCGCGACCUCGCCGAGAAGACAUGGAGCGGCACCUUCUGGUACGGAUACCACAAGGACGCGCACACCAGCAUCGUCGGCGUGCGCGAACUGGCUGGCGCCGAGGCCCGCUGCUUCAUGAGCGACGCCGAGGUUGAGCGCUGGCUCGGCGGAUCGGUGCCGUCCGACGACGGCUUCACAAACUGGCAUCGCCACCGACCAUACCAGGGAGGCGGCCGGAGGCGCACAGCCGGUGGCGGGUUGGGGCUGUUCGCCUACCCGGGACAAUCCAACAUGACGGGUCGACGGCUACCGCUGGCGUGGCCUGGGAUGCUGCGGCGGUCGCGGCCUCACGCAAACACUUAUAGCCUGCUGGAUGCGGCGGCGUUUGCCAUGACGAGUCCCAUGGCAGCCGUAUUUGCGGACCCAGAUGCCGCACCCGACUUCACCGUAUUGUCGCUAUACAAAAUCUUUGGCUUCCCAGAUCUCGGAGCGCUGGUGGUGCGGCGCGACUCGGGCCACAUCCUGACGCUGCGCAAGUACUUUGGCGGCGGGACUGUAACCAUGGUGUCGGCGGUCGGGGCUGCCUGGCACAGGAGCAAAGGGCGCGAGGCUGUCGCGGACUCAGCGACACAUGGACAACAGCAACACCAGCCUCAGCACGCCCGGUACCAAAUCCACGACGGGCUCGAAGACGGCACGUUGCCGUUCCACAGCAUCCUGGCGUUGGGAGAGGCAAUAGACGUCCACGCGCGGCUAUUCGGAAGCAUGGAGAACAUCUCACGGCACACUUCUCGACUCGUGGCCAGCCUAUAUGGUGGUCUAGCAGGGUUAAGACACGCCAACGGUGGGCCAGUGGUGCAAGUAUAUGCCGAGGGUGCUGAUGGCUCGAGGACGUUCGGCGACUCUGCGAGGCAAGGAGCGACGGUGGCAUUCAACGUGCUCGAGGCGGACGGCACCAUUGUGCCAUACUCCCAGGUCGAGGAGUUGGCAAACCGGAGAGGGAUAUACAUCCGGUCUGGUGGCAUCUGCUGCCCUGGUGGCAUGUUCACAGCCCUAGAAUACGAGCCCUGGGAGCUAGAAAGAGCCCUCUCUGCCGGACACCACUGCGGUCCUGGAAGUCAUGACCUCAUCAACCAGUUGCCCACUGGUGUCGUCCGUGCAAGCCUUGGCCCGAUGAGCACCGUGCGUGACGUUGACAUGUUCGUUGAGUUCAUGCGUGACACGUUCGCGACACCACGACUGCAGCAAUCGCCGGUGCUGGAAAACAUACUGUUUCAACGCUAG